UCAAUGUUCGACCUACAGUCCACUCAUAAACAGGAUUUGAAAGAGUUAACUAGUCACAUUGCUUCACCUGGCGGUCAUACUCUAUUUUUACUAGAGAGGAACAACCACCAAGUGUGCGUAAAAUGAGAACAUACAUGUAUAUUUGGAUGCCCAUACUGGUCUGGAUAGCGGUGACGAAAGAGGCAGUUGCAUGUCAAAAAGUUGAGAGACCGGAUUGCUGCUGUCCACAUCCAGACUGUGCCUCCAUCUAUCGGUCGGGCGUACAUCAGAGCGGCGUUUACUGGCUCAGACCGUAUGAUAACAAAGGAGGGUUCUGGGCGUAUUGUGACAUGCUGACUGACGGGGGCGGAUGGACGGUUUUCCAGAGACGCAAAGAUGGUUCAGUUGACUUUUUCCGUGGCUGGAAGGCAUACAAAGAAGGGUUUGGAUACCCCAAUGGUGAACACUGGCUUGGCAACGAGUUCCUCCAUCGCUUGACGGGACAGAUGGUGUACGCUUUGAGAGUAGACUUGAGAGACGGUAACGGCACCGAAGCCUACUCAAAAACAUCCCUCUUUAAAAUCAGCGAUGAGGCUGGGAAGUACACGCUUACCCUGGGGGACUACUCGGGAACGGCCGGCGGCACCUUGACCGGUAACGGGACCCCUUUCAGUACGAAGGACCGGGACAACGACGGUUCUCCCGUUAACUGUGCGUCCACCUACAAAGGUGCCUGGUGGUAUACCGACUGUCAUUCUACCAACCUGAAUGGGCACUACUACAACGGACCGCACGACUCCUAUGCUGAUGGUGUGAAUUAUCGUACAUUCAGAGGGUACCAUUAUUCACUUCCUUUCACUGAGAUGAAGAUACGUCCAGCCGAUUUUUGAAAUGAUUGUGUUACGGAUUGGAGCUUUUCAUUACGAAAAAUCAAGGACACUUUAAAUAAUGAACAGCAAUGCAGAUAUGCCAAAGUUUUAUAAUUUUUUAAAUAAUGUAAACAAAUUUACUGAAACUUUGAUUUUGCUCUAUAAGGUAAUCAUAUCGAGUUUCAAUGUUGAGGCGAAAUGGUCAUUUAUUGCAAAAUGACGAAUUUAGAAAAUAUAAGUAACUGUGUACGAUUAA